AAAAAGUUAAUCCCGAAUUAUGGGACAACUUCUUUUAUCAUUUGAUGGGUGUUUGAUCGACUUAUCAUGUGCCAUUCUGUGUAGUGUUGCAAAUCUUUAUGAAGCCUAUUAGACACUAGUAAGUAUACGUUUGAUCAAGGAAGUGUGUGUCAUCCAAGUGGUGUGUUUGGGUAUGUGUGCGUAUGUGUGUGUGUGUGUAUGCCGGUGCAUGUGUGUGCGACUAUAGAACUUUAAUCCUGGAAGUAGCAAGAUACCCCUUAAAUGAGUGUCUCUUGGGAAAGAGAGGAGGGGGGCACUGCCAGCCCCCACACCCAGAGAUCAGAGUCUCCAGUACCUAGCUGUUUGUCUAUGAAGAGUGAUCGCUCUAUGGACAAUCCUCCGAAUUUUAUCAGUGGACCAAUGCCCUUGGACUCAAAAGGCUCCAACCAGAACAAGAGAGCAGGGUCUCCAGUACCCAGCUGCCUGUCCAUGAAGAGUGAUUGGUCUAUGGAUCAUCCAGCAUCUUUCAAAAGAGGAUCAACACCCUUUGACCAAAGGUUCUGCAGACAGUGCAUCACCAGAUACCAGGAGCAGACUGGUUCUUCUGGAGACUAUGGCUGUCCUCAGUGUAGAAAGAGAUCCAGAACAUGUCCAGUACUACAGCAACUAAAUGAACCCAGUGAUGCAAGAGGCUCUGAAAAGAUGGAUGACAGCCUGCAGAGAGCUUUAAAGAUUCAUAAAACCAGUCUGAAAGGGAGGUAUGGAUGUGUGAUAGAAGGCAUCGUAAAAGCAGGGAUUCAAACUCCCCUGAACAGAAUUUACACAGAGCUCUACAUCACAGAAGGAGAGAGUGAAGAGGUUAACAAUGAACAUGAGGUGUGGCAGCUAGAGACAACAUCCAGAAUGCCAACCUCACAGGACACAGCAAUCCACUGCAAUGACAUCUUCAAACCCUUACCUGGCCAAGGCAGACCCAUCAGAACUGUGCUGACGAAGGGCAUCGCUGGCAUUGGAAAAACUGUCUCUGUGCAGAAGUUCAUCCUAGACUGGGCUGAAGGGAAGGCAAACCAAGAUGUGGAUAUCAUAUUUGUGCUUCCUUUCCGGGAGAUAAACUUGAUUAAAGAUGAACAGUACAGUAUACUCAGACUUCUAAACAGCUUCCACACAGAUCUAGACAUAGAUGAUGUGAAGAAACUUGCUGGAUGUAAAGCUAUGUUCAUCUUUGAUGGUCUGGAUGAAAGCAGACUUCCAUUGUUUUUCCAGCACAAUGAAAUGGUGUCUGAUGUAACACAGACAUCGUCUGUAGAUGUGCUGCUGGCAAACCUCAUCAAAGGGAAUCUGCUUCCCUCUGCUCUUCUCUGGAUAACUUCAAGACCAGCAGCAACCCAUCAGAUCCCCCCUGAGUAUGUUGACCAGGUGACAGAGGUACGAGGGUUCAAGGACCCACAGAAGGAGGAGUACUUCAGGAAGAGAUUCAGUGAUGAGAACCUGGCCAGCAGAAUCAUCUCACACAUAAAGACAUCAAGGAGCCUCUACAUCAUGUGCCACAUGCCAGUCUUCUGCUGGAUUUCUGCAAUAGUCCUUGAGUACAUGUUAAGUACAGACAAGAGAAAAGAGAUACCAAAGACACUGACUGAGAUGUUCAUACACUUCCUUCUCAUUCAGACCAAUCUGAAGAACCAGAAGUAUCAUGGAAGUGAUGAGAUGGAUCAAGAGGAGSUCAUGGAGUCGGACAAGGAAGUUCUUCUGAAGCUGGGGAAACUGGCAUUUGAACAUCUGGAGAAGGGCAAUCUCAUGUUCUAUGAAGAAGACCUUAAAGAGUGUGGUAUUGAUGUCAAAGAGGCCUCAGUGUACUCAGGAGUGUGCACAGAAAUCUUUAAAGAAGAGUCUGUGUUGUCUCAGAGAAUGGUGUACUGCUUUGUCCAUCUGAGCAUUCAGGAGUUUUUCUCUGCUGUCUAUGUAUAUCAUUGUUACACAACCAAUAACAUGAAUGCACUGAAGUCCUUGGACUGGACUGGAGUUGUUUCUAAUGAGCAAUCCUUGGAAGAGCUUCUGAAGAGUGCUGUUAAUAAAGCCUUGGAGAGCAAGAAUGGACACCUGGAUCUUUUUGUCCGCUUCCUUCAUGGCCUCUCUCUGGAAUCAAAUCAGAAACUCCUACGAGGUCUGAUAAGACAGACAGAGAGCAGUCCAGAGAGCGUCCAGAAAACCAUCCAAUCCCUUAAGGUGAUGCAGAAGAAGAACAUCUCCCCUGAAAGGUGCAUCAAUCUUUUCCACUGUUUGAUAGAGAUGAAAGACCAUUCAGUACAGGAUGAAAUCCAAGAGUUCUUGAGGUCAGAGAAGAGAUGCCAAAACCUCUCACUUGCACACUGUUCGGUGCUGGUCUACAUACUGCAAAUGUCAGAGGACGUUCUCGAUGAGUUUAAACUGAAGACGUACACCACGUCACAAGAGGGACGUAGGAGACUGCUCCCAGCUGUGAGGUGCUGCAGAAAAGCUCUUUUGUUUGUGAAACCACAACAAUAUUUCUGCAGGUUGUCAGGCUGUGGAGUCACAGAGGAAGGCUAUGCUUCUUUGGUCUCAGCUCUGAGGUCAAAACCAUCACACUUGAGAGAGCUGGAUCUGAGCUACAAUUGUCUAGGAGACUCCGGAGUGAAACUACUCACUGUUGGUCUGAAGGAUCCACAUUGUAGACUGGAGACACUGAGGCUGUCAGGCUGUUGGAUCACAGAGGAAGGCUGUGCUUCUCUGGCCUCAGCUCUGAGGUCAAACCCCUCACACCUGAGAGAGGUUAAUCUGAGUGACAAUGACUUGAAGGAUUCAGGAGUGAAUCUGCUUUCUGGCAUACUGGGGAAUCUGGAGACACUGAGACUAAAACAAUGCAGAUUAACAAAGACAUGCUGUGCAAUGCUGGUAUCAGCUCUCAGCUCAAACUCUUCACACCUGAGAGAGCUGGACCUGUGUGACAAUGACCUUCAGGAUUCAGGAGUGAAAUUACUCUCUUCUGGACUGGGAAAUCCUCACUGUAAACUGGAGACUCUGAGGCUGUCAGGCUGUCUGAUCACAGUGGAAGGCUGUGGUUUUCUGGCAUCAGCUCUGAAGUCAAACCCCURACACCUAAGACAGCUGGAUCUUCGGUACAAUCACCCAGAAGACUUGGGAGUGCGACUGCUCUCUGCUGGACUUGAGGAUCCGCACUGGAGACUGGAGAAACUCAAUGUGGACCAUGGUAAAGGCGGUUGGUUGAAAUCAGGGCUGAAAAAAUAUGCCUGUGAAAUCACACUGGACCCAAACACAGCAUUCAAAAAACUAUCUCUGUCCGAGGAGAACAGAAAGGUGACAUAUGGGGGAGAGAAGCAACCGUAUCCUGAUCACCCAGAUAGAUUUAAUUACUGGGCACAGGUGCUGUGUAGAGAGGGUCUGUCUGGGCGCUGUUACUGGGAGGUAGAGUGGAGUGGUAGUGAGGCUGUUAUAGGACUGACAUAUAGAGGAAUCUGCAGGAAUGGAGAGAUUACUGACUUUAGGCUUGGACGCAAUGACAAGUCCUGGAGUCUGGAAUGCUCUAGUACCAGUUACUCUGCCAGACACAAUAGUGAGAGCACUACUGCCAUAUCUGUCCCUUCCUCCAGCACUCACAAAGUAGGAGUGUAUCUGGACUGGCUGGCCGGCACUCUGGCCUUCUACAGCGUCUCUUCUGACACACUGACCCACCUGCAUACAUUUCAUGCCACUUUCACCGAGCCCCUCUAUCCAGGGUUUAAGCUUUGGGGUUCUGACUCCACAGUGUCCCUGUGCCAGAUAAAAUAGAGUAUCCUGAGUCUUCAGCGAAGUCACACUCCUGCUCAAACACAGCUGGGUGACACACACACACACACACACACACACACACACACACACACACACACACACACACACACACACACACACACACACACACACACACACACACACAACCUAUGAUUAUGUAGAUCGUUUUUUAGUUCAUUAGGGUUCACAGAUAUUGUACCGGAGUAAUUUUCUAAAUAAAGUGAAUCACAACACUAGCACACUAGCAGUUGGAAAGCAGAUCUUGCUAUUUUUCAUUGUUGUAUUAAAGUCCUGAAAAUUGAUUUGUCAAAUUGCUUUGACUGUUUCUGUAAAGGAAUUGUUUUUGAUGAUUAAACAGUGAUUUUAUUGUAAACAUGGCCUUUCCUUUAAACUGGUUUAACUGGUUUUAUGAUUACACUUUUAUGGUGUCAAUGUAACCAGACUUCAACAAGAUGUUAUUGUAUUCAAAGUUAAUCAGUCACUAGAAUGAUACAGAGCCACUUACAUUACAUUACCAUACUUACUUUGUUCUGGUAGUGAAUUCAGGCCACAACGUAAAAAUCUCAGGGAUUAUUUUAAAGCGUGUACACAGAGUGAAAAAUACACACGAAGAGGCAUAUUAACAAAUGGGGUGCACUUCCUCAAAAAGGACCCUCAAUACAAAGAGAAGACAGAGGAAGGGGUCACUGGCUCUAGGGAACAUGACAUUGAGGUUAAAGUUAAGAGGUAAUAAUAAAAAAUAAUAUUGACAAUGAUUAAAAAAAACAUAUUUUAUGUAAUGCUUUUCAAGGAGGCUUU